AUGGAUCGCGGUCUGGAGCCUGAUGCGCAACUGAGGGGUGUUCUUAUCACCAGCCUGGGACGCAGCAGCAAGUGGGCGGAAGCCCUUUCUGUUCUACAGGAUUCGAUCUUCUCUUUGAACACUCUUUGCUUCAACGCCGCCAUCACAGCCUGCGAGAAAGGCCAGCAGUGGGUGCAGGCCUUGGCAGUCCUGGAUGCCCUGAUGGCUGUUGGAGUUCCAGCGGACACUGUCUCCUUCAGCGGGGCCAUCAGCGCCUGUGAAAAGUGUCGGCAGUGGGAGCGUGCUCUGGCUUUACUGGGCCAAUUGCAGAGGUACCACCUCGUUCCUGACACGAUAGCCUGCAGCGCAGCCAUCAGUGCUUGCGAGAAAAGCGGUCGUUGGCAGCAGGCCCUGUCCGUUUUGAGCACGAUGCUGGAAGAACGGUCCCGCACAGACCUUGUCAUCUUCAGUGCGGCCAUCAGUGCCUGCGAAAAAGGACGCAAAUGGCAAGAAGCUUUGCAGCUGCUCCGCAUGGCCCUGCAGCGGUUCAGGCCUGACAUGACGCCCUACAACGCUGUGAUCAGCGCAUGCGCAGCAGACGGACGCAAUGCAUGGCAAAUGGCGGUGCAGCUCUUCUCAGAAGCAGCGCUGCAUCUGUCAGUUGAUGUCCUGACAGGAAGCUCUGUGAUCGCUGCAUGUGCAGAAGCCAGGGAGUGGCAACCUGCCCUGCAGUUGCUCAAGGAUUUGCAGCAGCGGCGUGUGGAGUUGAACAUCAAGGUUUACAAUGCAGCAGUCACGGCGGCAUCGGAAAGACCCCUGAUUGCUCUGCAAGUUGUGGAGGAGAUUGAUGAUUCACAUCUCGAGCCAGAUGUUCUCACGUGCAUGCCCCCAGCAGAGGCAAUUGCCGACUACGGGUUUCCCCCCUCGCAGCGGCAAUCUCAGUUCACAGAGGUUCUUGCUUCGCUGGUGAAGGCCACGGAGUCCGCACUUUGUGAGAGUGCUUCUCAAUACGCCCCGACAGUUCUUGCACUGGACUUGCUCACAGACUCGGGAUGUUUUCAGGCUUGCCAUGGUGCGCUCCAGGCACAGGCUUGUCGCAUGAUUCUCGGGCCUGCGAGGCCGCGUCUCCAAGGUCUCAUGGAUGCCUCGGAACGCAGAGAAGGUCAUGAAAAUGAGGCUCUCCGCGACCCCGUCCUCGAGAGGCACUUCAGCAUGGGCAGUAUGCUGACGGACGAGGUCCUGGCACGGUCCUUCCCAGCAGGUGCCGCCUGGAGAAGACCUGCAGCCCAUCAGGCACGGUCUGCCCUGCAGUUGUGUGAAGAGGAGGUUUCCUUCUGGGGCUCCGUCUUUUCUCGUGGCAUUGCCGCCUGGUCGGGCUGCAGCCUUCAAAGCCCAGCGGUCUCCGAUUUCAAGCUCCGUGGCCGGCUCUGUGCCUUUGGAGAAGCGGAUCCCGAUUUCAGGCGCUUGGCGCCAAUCCUGGUGGAGCAUGAUCGGUCGCAGCAUGCCGAAAGACAGGCAAUGCUUCUGCUCUUGGACGAAGUUAAUGCAGGCAUCCAUGGGCCAAAGACUUGUCCAGAUGCUGCCGACACUGCGUUGGUAGCUAUUCUGCAGUCUAUCCUUCGGCUCAGCUCCACUGCUAAGCAGUGGGCGCGCUACGCUUUGACUUCAGCCCGCGUUGUAGUUCCUGUGUUCCUACAGAGAUGUUUCGAGGAAGGAUUGGAGGUUUGA